CUAGUGUGCCAAUCAACAUGUGUUCUACGUACACCUUGAUGCUUGUAUUGUGUAUCGCCGUGUCUAUACGGACUGUGUUCAGUGCAGUUGCCUUACAAUUACCUGAAGAAAAACCUAAGGAAAUGGCUCAUCUUGAAGGAUGCUAUGUUCCUAUCUUGAAGCGUGUCCUGCCCUACAACCAGCCAUUUUCACCACAAAACGGAGGGUCUUGUCUUCAAUUUCACUGCCGCAAAGACAACAUUACGUCAAUUUUUAGUUGCGGCACCCUUCAUGUGGGUGAUAGUGGUUGUGCUGUAGUGCCCGGUGAUAGAUACCUGCCCUACCCAGACUGCUGUGAUCGAGGUGUCUGUAAUACUAUUAACCACAAUCCAUUGUUACCUAAAAUUAAAAUUAAAUGAUGCUACCAAAUACAA